AUGGAGAUUCUGGACAUCACGGUGCUGUCGGCAGAGAAGCUGAGCCUGGGCCAGCGACCGAUAAAGAAGAACGCGUUCGUGGCGCUUCGGACGGACUCUCAGAACCAGGCGACCACGGCCCUCCGCGCCGACGGCGGCAGCUACCCGCACUGGAACCAGCGGCUGACACUAGCGAUGCCGCCCUCGUCGCGCUCCGUCACGGUGGAGGUGCGCUGCAAGACGGGCGCCGACGUGCGGACCCUCGGCCGGGUCACCAUCCCCGCCGCCGACUUCCACGGCGGCCUCCUCCCCGCCGGCUACCUCCACUUCCUCAGCUACCGCCUCAGAGACCCCCACGGGAACCACAAUGGGAUUAUUAAUCUCUCCGUCAGAGUACGGCCCGCGCCACCGCCACCGCCACCGCCGCCGCCGGCGCUUCCGUGGGCGGGGGCCGGAGUUGCACUGCCCUCUUUGGCCGCAAACUGGGAGAGCAUGAAGUAA